AUGCCCGUCGCUCAAAGAAGAAAUGACAAGCCAGCCGUCUCGCGAAUAGCCGCGGCUUGCGCAAAGCGUGCAGACGGCAACUGCUUCCAACAUGCUGCCACGUCUAACCCAGCAAGCUCCAUCUCCGAGCACCAGCCCAACCUCGGCGAAGCUGCGCGACCCAGAGGUGAAGACUCCAGCCCUCCCACCACCAUCGUUUCUUGUCACAGCGCCAAUCUGCUCGGUUCAUGGUCCGCGAUGCCCCUCGACCCCUGUGCUCAGUCCGCAGGCAGAGUUUCUCAACCCGCUGAUUGGCAGCGCUCGACCCGACGAUCUGGUCCCGGCGCUACUGCUGCUACAAAGCUGGUUAGGCUCGGCCAAAGGCCCACCAGCUCUUUCAAACCACCCGCCAGUGGGUCGCCGAUUUUCUGCUUCCCCGAGCCUGAGCGGAGUCACCAGAUGCUUGUUUAG